CCGCCUCUUCCGCCGGAGUGUAAUUUUGUUACAAUUCAACAAUCCAGCCGGAAACCGCGGAUUCAUUGUAGAAGCUGGCUGAAGAAGUUUGCACACAAAUCCUGACCUGACUUCAAUUUGUUCUUUAAAAGGAAAGAAAAAAAACAGACUUGCAUUAUGGCUCAGAGCUUUUUAAUGGAGGUGUGUGUGGACUCCGUAGAGUCUGCAGUCAGUGCUGAACGAGGAGGUGCAAGUCGGCUUGAGCUGUGUUCCAGUCUUCUGGAGGGAGGGCUCACCCCAAGUUUAGGUCUUCUACAGAUAGUAAAGCAGUACAUCAAAAUCCCAGUCUAUGUGAUGAUACGGCCUCGCGGAGGAGACUUCCUCUACUCGGAUCAGGAGGUGGAGGUGAUGAAGAAGGACAUCGAGCUGAUAAAGAACCAAGGAGCUGAUGGUGUGGUGCUGGGCGCGCUGACUGAGGACGGGCGAGUGGAUGCAGAGCUCUGCAUGGAGUUAUUGGCUGCUGCUCGUCCUUUGCCUGUGACCUUCCAUCGAGCUUUUGACAUGGUUCAUGACCCAGCUGUUGCUCUGGAGGCUCUAAUAACAUUGGGGUUCGAGCGUGUGUUGACAAGUGGCUGUGACUGCUCAGCGUUGGAGGGGCUUCCGGUCAUUAAACGCCUCAUUGACCAAGCCAAAGACAGAAUAACAGUAAUGCCAGGAGGGGGUAUCACAGAGAGGAACCUGCAGAGGAUACUCGAAGGGUCGGGGGCUCAAGAGUUUCACUGCUCGGCGAGCUCCAGCAGGGACUCCGAAAUGAAAUUCAGGAACCCCUGUGUGAGGAUGGGAGCCACUUUGUCAGCGCCUGAGUACGGCCUGAAGGUGGCAGAUGUGAGCAAAGUCCGAUCUCUAAACGCAAUAGCUAAAAAUACCUUGUGAAACCUCAAAAGUCACUCAAAAAGAAUAUUUUGGCAUUUAUUUUCAUGAAUUUUACUUUCAAAUAUGCCACAAAGCCUUGUUUUAUAUCUGUAAAUGAAGAAUUACUGAUCAAGCAACUCAGGAUGAUGCAGCAGUUUUCUGUUUGAGAUUUUUGUCAAGUUUUACAACUCAGCAGCAGGCUGUGAAUGAUUUGAAGGUUUAUUUGUGCACAUGUGUUUGUAAGAAGAAUAAAAUAACAAUGAACUCACCAUGCAUCUGUAAAAUAAAAAUAAAAACAACACAAAAAUGUAAUGAUGCUUUUAGAACAUUUGAAAA